AUGAUGCUUUUCCCAAGCCUCCCGCCACUCCCCGUCCCACUCGCCCUCACCACUUUUCUCCUGGGCCUGACAGCCGCGCCAUUUCUCCGUUCCUUGCUGGCGGGAAUUGUGGCACGGAUCGCCUCGAGGCUGCUUGGCUCAAGCGCCAGCAAGGAAGGGAUAAUUGGGGCACAUGCGGUGAAAGAAGGUCAUGGCCUCUACAGCCUGGACCAUGGGGUGUUGAAUCUACCCAGCUUGACCCCGACGGAGAUGUGGAUGAAUAUGGGAUACUGGAAGAACACAGCUUCCUUUCCCGAAGCCUGUCGGGCAUUGUUGGAUAAGAUCCUGCAAACAGCAGGUUUAGACGUCGUUUCCACAAUCAUCGCUGUCAGCGAUGACAGUGCGGAUGCCACUGCUACUGGCGUGGACUACCAGUCACGGACAAAUAGUCAGGUAACACUCGGGUUCUCAAGAGGGGAGGGGGAGAGGGGUAAAAGGACGUCAAGAAACGGGGUAAAGAGGGUCAUCCUAGAUGUUGGAUUUGGAUGUGGUGAACAGACUUUGUAUCUGAUGAGGAAAAAAGCGACUGUACAUGUGGCACCUGGAGGUGGUGAUGCUGAUCAAGCUGGCUUCAUUACCAGUGAUGGCGAUGAUAAUAAGAAGAGUUGUGGCGCGCAAAACAAGACAAAUGAUAAUGGCAAAACCACGGAAAGCACACCGCUCUUCCAGCACUACGUCGGUAUCACUAUCGAGAAGAUGCAAUGUGCAUUCGCUCUCUCCAGAGUAGAGAAAGCUGCAAGGAAUUGCAAUAGCUCUGUACGCGAAAACGGGCCCUCGAAGGAUUGGAGCGCAAUACAAUGGCAAUCGACAAGCCGGGUUGUCGAGUUAUUCUGUGGAGACGCAGCUAAACCACAUGCUUGGUCGGAAGAAAUACAGCGGUCAAUCUCGACUGCUUUUGGGGAAGGCAGGUAUGCUAAGGAGGGCGGAGAAGUGGGAGUAAAGAGGGCUGAGGAGCGCUAUGUCCUAGGCCUCGACACGCUGUACCACUUUAGCCCUUCGAGAAAGGAGCUGUUCGAAUAUUCACAUUUCACUCUCCAAGCAACUAUACUGGCCUUUGACCUCUUCCUACCGCCGAAACCGCCCUCGUCACCACCACUUGACAAAGUGAAAAGAAGUCUGAAUAUGUUUGCCCUCCGCUGCUUGGCACCGGCCUUGUCUGCCCCUUUCUCAAAUUUCGUUACAAUGGCCGAAUAUAAACAGCUUCUGGAGAAGGCCGGGGCUUCACUAAGUGGAGAGUCUCUGGAUGGCUAUUUCGCUGGUUGGCUAGCGGACAAGUGCUUCGGGCGGGUGUUGUUGUUGCGAGAUGGAAAGGUAGCUCUAGGAGCCGUAUGA